AAUAAUAAUGAAACGGUAACACGAAGUGCAGUGUUUUAGUGGCGUAAAUUCUGAAACUGCAGCAAAAUUACGCUGAAAUUCGCGGGAAAUUUGUUGUUUCAGAGAGAAGGCGAAUGUGACGCGUAUUUUGUAUUUUUGAUCGCGCUAAAACAAAUCUCUCCCUUGGCGUUUCCCGCAUUACUUUUUCAAUUUUUAGGCGAAUUAAAUGGCCGAGCUCCAGCUGCGGCAGGUCUGGUCGGACCUGAUGCCGUCCUUCCCCGACCCUGCCGCACUCCUGAACAUCAGCGACCCCGACGACCGCGCCGCCACCAUGCUCAUCAAGACGCUCUACGUCCUCUUCCAAGGCAUACUGCAGGACAGACAUCAACUCCGCUGCGAAAAGCAGCCUAGCGUCUCUACAGCUAGCCGCGCCGGUGGCUCCGUGCCACCUACCGUCGGCAGUGGACACCACACCACCCCCGCCAGGCCGGCAGGCGGCGCUGCCAGCGCUCCGCCUGCCAGCGCUGAGGAAUUCGGGCCGUCCAGUCCCGAUGACCUGGUCCCGCCCAGUCCGGGCGACGUCGCCUACUUCAACCAGCCCAAACGGAGUGUUCCCAGCCGCUCCUCCAGCCGCCCCGUGGUGCUCGCUCCAGAGACCGCUGACAUCCCCUGCGCCCCGCGCGGCGAUCCUCCGACCCACCCGGUGCCCGAGACUGCUCUUCCGCCGCCGCCGCCGCCAGUGGUCUGGGUACCCGAGACUCUCGAGAGCUCACCGGGACGGCGCGGCCACCGUCCGUGCCCUGUGGCCGAGACGGUGCAGCUGCCGGCCACUCCACCGCGGCCGGUGCGGCCUACAGACCCGGUGAGCCCCGUGCUGACCGCCCGAACGCCGGCGACUCGACGGGCCCGCCGCCGCGCCGGAGCUACCGCCAGUCCGCGGCAGUCGCAGGGAGCGGCUCCGGCGGUGGCGAGGGGCACACACGUGGCGACACCGCAGAACGAGAGACGCGCAGAGGUUGCUAGUCCUACACCGAGUCUGAGUUCGCCUCUGCUGCUGCCUCAGCACCCACCGGGAAGAGCCCGACGUCCACCGACGACCGAGCCGACCCCUGCCGAGCUGCCGAAAAGAAACGGUGGAAAACCGGCUGGCAGCGCAGUUCCAGCGACAUCUGUGCGUCCCACUGCGGGAAAAGGUCAUGGCGAGGGAGACCAGCCAGCAGCGUCGUCGGGACGCACACAGUCCCAAGGGGCGUGCCAAACCCAUUCUCGAUCUCCGAAUAAGAGGAAACGUCUCAUCAUUGGUCCGGGGGAACCAGUGCCACCACGAAAACGUAAGCAGUCGGUGUCUCCACAGAAGAAAGCACCCCAAGAGCGCACUGCUGCAGGAUGCUCAUCUGGCUCAAACUUCCGCACAGGAGUUUCGGAGCAACCAGCCUCCAGGACUCCAACGAAGGCCCCUGCUGGAGCGCACACUACGGUAACAUCGACUAAAAGAGCCGCUCCCUCGAUAUUUGAAUUGGAAAUCGAUUCGAAUAAGACAGGUGAAACCUCCACCUCGAACAAAACUAAACGAACGUCUCCCAGACGAAAGGCGACUCCGCCGAGUCUGAAUGAGGAGCGGCGGGCUGGGGGAGCUGCGCCAGAGUCUGCCCAGACUGACGAGACGCCUUUGGGACUGGACGUGCUGAUGGAGGAGCUAAACCGCGACAAACAAGGAACUAAUAACGGGGCAGAUGUGCAUGCCCAGCAGCACGGCAAUGAUAGGGCUCAGGCUAUAACAGAGGGCGGCGCUGAACAGUCUCGGACGGAGAGAGAAGGAGCUGCCGUCGGGAGGGACGGUAGAUCUGAUGGAGACGAGGUUAUGGCGCCGCCGGCCGAGCCGCCGGAACAUGACUCCCAGGAGGAGACACAGAUGGACAGUAUGAUAUUGGGCGACGAGCAGCUGGUGGCGGGCCCAGCUCGCCGGUACGCAGCCAGUCCGGUCCGCCGGCGGGCCGACCGCCAGAGACUACCCGGCUGGUCGUGUGCCGUCUGCAAGGAGUGGUACUCCGACCGGAACAUGACCGACGAGGAGCUGCGGGCUCAUAUGAACCGGUGCAGCCGACAUAGACAGCAGGAGCCGCCGCCGCCCGAUACGCCGCCAGAGUUCUGGGACCCGGUCGCCUUCCCUGCCACGGAUAUCACCCAGUACGGCGCCGUCACCCCCCGCCCCAGGCCUCGUAGGAGACUGUGAGCGGGGUCAUGGACCGCCCAACAGACGGCCAGGUACAGACGGCAACAGACGGCCAAGGAGGACCUCGGCCAGGAGAGGGACCAGGUAUUCCCAGUCCUUCAUUCAGAGUGUGAGGGCGAGGGCGAACACUACCGCGGUUGAUUGUAGCUCAGUGCCUGAUUCCGUGCCUUAUUAUAUGUAAAUGUGCAGUACAAGGGGUUUUGAUCUCUAUUGAAACCCUGAUGCUUUCGUUUGCAAAUAGAUAUUCGUUAUUCGUUA